AUGGAAGAAGAUCGCGGCCUCAUUCCUCGACCAAAGACCUCGCAAAGUCUUGCUGAUACCGAUAGCGAGAGCCUCUCCAGUCUCAACCGCAUCGUCAUGGGCUGCCGAGUCUGUCGCGCAAGAAAAGUAAAAUGCGAUGGCCGUCCCAACGGUUGUCGCAACUGUGAACGUCUCCAACUCGAGUGUGUUGAUGACGACGGAUCAAAGUCUGGCAGUCGGCGCGGAUCAGCUCCUGUCUCUCUGAGAAAGAUCCGGACCUACCGCUCAUGUACCGGCUGUCGCGUCUCAAAGACAAAAUGCGACGGCGACCGCCCGAGGUGUUCACGAUGCUGCGCCCGUAAUCUCGAGUGCCAGUAUGACGGAGGCUCGGCUCCUCGCUGGGCGCGUAACCUCAGCAAGGCACCGACAUCAGGCUCAACCGAGGAGGAUUUGGAGUCUUCCUUGGGUACUUCUUCAAUCGCUGGGGAUAGUUUGAGAUCCCCUAGUCUCAUCCAAUCCCGGGAAACUGAUGUCGCAGCAUCUCAACGGUCAAACACCAAAGAUACCAGUAUCCUUGACCUACCCAUAGACUUUUCUGACGAUACCGAGUUGUCAAUUCAUUCUUGGCUCGUAUCACCAGAUCUCCCAUCUGGAAACAACAUCCGUACUGCAGUUGACCACUACUUUGCAAACAUCCACCCCCUCCGAUGCUUUGCGUUUGUACAUAGACCGUCGUUCACUCGACAGUUAGAUAAGGGCUUCGAAUCCGAAGAUGAAAGAGCAUUGCUACAUAUCAUUUGCGCCCAGGGUGCCAAGUUCUACGCUCUAUCCAUCAAUGUGGAGGACCAAGAUGCCAAGGCGAGCUUGAUCCGAGCUGCGGGCAACGGCUGGGCACAAAAAGCUGAGCUGCUGGUACUUACCAACUUUGGCAAGAUCUCAGUCCAGAGACUAAUGACAUGCAUAUUGCUUUACGAUUUUCAUUUUAGACUAGGCGAAUACACUCAAGCUCUCAUGUUGAGUGGACUUGCCGUCCGCAUGGCUCACGCUUUACAACUCAACGUUGAAUUCUCACCAGACAUUCUCUGUGCCGAAGCCAACGAGUCUUCUCCACCAGCUGUGGAAAAGGAGAGCCGCCGGAGACUUAUGUGGGCUUGCUACAUCCUGGACGCCUGGACGGGUAGCGGUGUCGACCAACUGACACUCCUCCGCGAGGCCGAUAUCAAGAUCCAAUUGCCGUGCAAUGAGCGUAACUUCCGGCUUCGUAUUCCUUGUGUGACUGAAACACUUGGCGUAGGACACGUUCUUCAGUUUCUACCGCCGGCGAUUGUUCCACGGAGACCGGCUGCCAACAUGGGUAUCAUGGCUUACUACAUACGAAUCGUUACCCUUUGGAAGCGAGUAGUCAGAUAUGUCAAGCAUCUGAACACGAGCCCACCUCCAUGGCUUCCUGAGUCCGACUUUGCUGCUCUUGAUGCUGAUUUGCGGUCAUGGGGCCGACACCUCCCCGAGUUCAUCUCAUACUCCACUGAUACCAUCUACGCCCGUCUUGAAUCCGAUCAACUUGGCUCACUUGUCCUACUCCAUUGCACAUACCACCACAACCUCUUAGAUCUGUAUAGAAUAUCCAUGCCGGAUCUGUUCAAGCUGAUCAAACCUUUUUACUUCCCUCCGAACCAAGAGGAGUUUCUGCAGUCUUUGCAGGCCGAUUGCUUCUACCACGCGCAGCAGAUUGCUACCAUCUUGGCCGAAGCUGUUCAGCAUGGCGCACGGUACUUGGCUGACAGUCUAUUACCAUGCUUUGCUUAUGAUAGCAGUCGGGUGAUGCUGUACUACAUUGCAAGGCUGCUUGAUCUUAGUAGACCUGACGCUGAGACCAUUGUUGUGGAUGCCAUCAAUGCCGUGGAGAGCAACAGCAAAAUCCUACGAACCAUGGCUGCCCUAUUUCCGCUUGCUGAUUCUCUGGCAACUACCACAGAAAGAUGGUUAGCCAAGAUCCGCAAGACAUUUGCCCAGGAUGAGCAUAUGAGUGACCGGCCCUUACAUGGCGAUGAGGAGAGAUCACCACUCUCUGGAAGUCCGAUUACCAGCAGCCCCGAUGAGGCUCUAGGAGCACUCGGUUUAGCACGGCUCGCCCAAGGCGAAAACAGUGAAAUCAAGCACAUAGACCACGAUGCUUGGAAUAAGGUUGGAAGUGGCUCCUCGAGCGCGAGCAAAGUCGGAGCCGGAUCUACAUCAGGGGCCCGGCCAAACAGCCAACCUGAAGAGACACCGGCGCGAUCCAAACUACAGCACGAGCAACCAGUAUCUCAGCGAACACCUCCCGGAGCUACCACUUCUUACAUGAACCAUAAGGCAGUAGAUCUGAGCGAUCUACAGAACUAUUUGACCUGGGACAUGUACGGCAUUAUGGAGAUGAGCGACAACGGUCUGAAGGCUGGUAUAGAAGGCAACGGGGUGCCCUCCUGGAGCGCGAUGUGA